AGUGUUUUCAUGCCUCUAUCUUCAAUUCUCGACCGAUGGAAAUGAGUUGUGACGUGCUUAUAAACGUUGAUAAAGGUUCGAAACCUAAAGCCACUCUGUUGAAACAGGGGCUGUUCUUUCCCAAGCGAUACGAGUUCUCUCGUAGCAGUAGCAUGAGGCCUUACCGUACUUGGAAACAGCAAUUCAUGAGCGAUCGAUGUUGUAGCGAAAAGGAAUUUCUCAAAGAAGUGCUCAUUGCUGCGACCCCUCACAUACUUCUCAACUUGUUAUUGGUCUCUUAUCUCAUUUUUGGUGCUGUCUUUAUGCGUUAUGUCGAUGAAAGCGUUCGGAAAGAAGAUUUCCAACCAGCUCUGCUCUUCACCUACACAACAAUCAUGACUAUCGGUUAUGGUAGCAUUUACCCCACAACCACGCAGGGGAAAAUUUGUUGCGUUGGUUACUGUGUCAUUGGUAUACCGCUAAUCUUCUUGGUACUAUCAAAUAACGGCCAAUUUGUGGUGGAUGCAUACUGGAUUCUACGCAAAAGCGCUGGAGGCAAGGUGCAAGCCUCCAAAAGUCUACCACUGUGGAUAUCAGCGCUGUUGUUUUGCGCGCAUUCGCUUAUGGGCGGUGUCAUUUUCAACACGUGGUUGGGACAAAUGCGAUUCUUCGAUGGAGUUUAUUGCAGCUUCAUAUCCAUUGCAACUAUUGGCUACGGUGAUUUUGUUCCUGUGCCCGAUUCGUGGUUUCACACAGUGUCUAUUAUGGCCUUUCUCUCAGCAGGCGCCAUCAUUCUCACAACGCUAAUUGACACUUUUAGCUACUAUCUCAAUUAUGUGCAUUAUAUUGGACGAAAAUUCACUGGUACAAAACAUGUCCAAAUUUGGUUUGGCGGAAGAAUGCUCACUGUUCAAGAACUGAUCAUAAUUGUAGCCGAUGAAUUCAAUGUUUCUCCGAAAAAGCUCAGAACAAUCAUACACGAUCUCGACAACAUUCUUCAGGCAGCAUGUGAAAAUGGUGUCUAUCCUAACCAUGUGCAUAAUCUAAAGAGUAGCGCCGAUGCGUUGCAUACAACUGCGGAGUUGGCACGAAAAGAAACGCGCAUAGCUAUGCUCGAAAAUGGCAGUCGUCAGAUCAUGCUCAUGGCAGAAGAAAAGGCAGAAACUUCUCCUGAGCCAGACAUUGAAACAAUACCUUGGAGAGAGAAGCGAAGCCCAAGCGUUCAGAGAUUAAUCGUCAGGGACACGGAGAAUGCUCUACAUGCUUUGCGAGUUAUGCAUCAUAAAUUGAACAAGAAGCCAAUUAAACAUCAGAUGGAAGAGAGACGAAGAAUUGCUACAUGAUAGCUCACUCAUCGUAAAGGUUUGGAUUACGCGCUCAGUUGUGGAAACUUCGGUGUUCUACGUUCUUAUGCUAUUUGCACUCAACGGGUCGAUUAUAUCUCACAUAUUAGCGUUUGAUGAUAGAAUAUAAUCAUUUUGCGUACAAGAUUUUGAUAUACCGCAUCCCUAUUGUAUAGGAUUAUGAAAGAUCUGAAGAACUAUCCAGGUAAAUAUAAGUUGUGAUACUUCGUCUCUCACAAACAAUUUAAUAUAUA